AUGAGGAUCGGUCACGCUCUUCGAAUCAGCAACUCGGUUGCAAACUUCAGUCAAAAAACGGGCUUCGGUCCAAACCGAUUAUUUCGUAAAGGAACGCAUUUUGUUGGCACCGAGCCCCCUGCCCUCAAGUAUCACUUGGUAAUUUUUAAAAAAGUCAUUCGAGCAUUUUUUUUUUUCUUGAAGUUGCAAGAUAAAAAACCAAGCGAACCGUACGGACUACAAGGAUCGAGUCACCAAUUACCUGGAACAGGAAAAGUUCACAGUCGACUACCUGUCAAGGUUUUCCAAUAGAUUAUAAAAAGAUGCUCAGAAAAAAAUUUGUUAAGAAUAAUUCUUAAAUCAGAGAAUUAUUUUGAAAUGUAAAAAAAGCACAAUGAAUAGUCUUUAGAAGCUUAUGGAACAAUAAAUCCCCAGAUAUUGAAUAUUUUCAUAGGAGUUUGAGUCAAUAACUUAAUUUUCAGGUACAUAUGAAAAAGGACAAAGUUUACGCGUGGUGUAGUUGUGGGUACAGUGGAAACCAGGUGGGUGCUCAGUUUUUUUUCUGUAUUUUUUGAUUGAUCUUAAGCCUCUUUGUGACGGUUCCCACAACUCGAUACGGAUUCCUGACUUGAAACUGAAACCUGUCAGGUUCAUUCCCGAAAAGGAUAUGACCGUCUGGCUCUGUAACUGCAAACAAACCAAAAACAGGUUAUUAAUUGGGUUUUUUUUUCCGUAUUUUAGAGUUUUUAUGAUUCUACAGACGCCCCAUGUAUGUAUUACAGGCCAUUCUGCGACGGUUCACACAAAAAUAUCACGGAUGAAGACAAGAAAGCUGGUCUUUUCGAUUAG